UGCGAGGCGUUGCUACAGGCGGGCCACGCCGGCCGCUUGAGCCGCUUCCUGGGCGCACUGCCCCCAGCCGAGCGCCUACGUGGCAGCGAUCCGGUGUUGCGCGCUCGGGCCCUGGUGGCCUUCCAGCGGGGCGAGUACGCCGAGCUCUAUCGGCUGCUCGAGAGCCGCCCCUUCCCCGCUGCCCACCACGCCUUCCUGCAGGACCUCUACCUGCGCGCGCGCUACCACGAGGCCGAGCGGGCCCGCGGCCGCGCGCUGGGCGCCGUGGACAAGUACCGUCUGCGCAAGAAGUUCCCGCUGCCCAAGACCAUCUGGGACGGCGAAGAGACUGUCUACUGCUUCAAGGAGCGCUCCCGCGCGGCGCUCAAGGCCUGCUAUCGCGGCAACCGCUACCCCACGCCGGACGAGAAGCGCCGCCUGGCCACGCUCACCGGCCUCUCGCUCACGCAGGUCAGCAACUGGUUCAAGAACCGACGACAGCGCGACCGGACUGGGGGCGGCGGCGGCGCGCCCUGCAAGAGCGAGUCUGAUGGGAACCCCACUACCGAGGACGAGUCCAGCUGCAGUCCUGAGGAUCUGGAGAAGGGUGUGCCUCCAGUGGCUGCCGAAGCCCCUGCCCAGGGCUCCAUUUUCCUGGCCGGGGCCGCCCCUCCUGCACCAUGCCCUGCCUCCUCUUCCAUCCUGGUGAAUGGGAGCUUCCUGGCCACCGGCAGCUCUCCAGCCGUGCUUCUCAAUGGGAGCCCGGUCAUCAUCAACAGCCUGGCUCUAGGCGAGGCCUCUAGCCUGGGCCCCCUGCUGCUCACCGGGGGCGGGGGCACCCCUGCCCCACAGCCCAGUCCCCAGGGGGCCAGCGAGGGCAAGACCUCCCUGGUCCUGGACCCUCAGACUGGGGAGGUUCGACUGGAGGAGGCUCAGCCAGAAGCCCUGGAGACCAAGGGGACCCAGGUGGCUGCCUCAGGGCCAUCUGGAGAGGAGGUCCCAGGGCCUCUGCCCCAAGUGGUGCCUGGCCCCCCACCAGCUGCCACCUUUCCUCUGCCCCCAGGACCAGUGACCUCCGUGGCUGCCCCACAAGUGGUGCCACUCUCCCCACCCCCUGGCUACCCUGCUGGCCUGGGCCCCACCUCCCCACUGUUGAACCUGCCCCAGGUGGUGCCCACCUCACAGGUGGUAACCCUGCCCCAGGCUGUGGGGCCACUGCAGCUGUUGGCAGCAGGGCCAGGCAGCCCCGUGAAGGUGGCAGCUGCUGCAGGCCCUGCCAACGUGCACCUGAUAAACUCCGGGGUGGGCGUGACUGCCCUGCAGCUGCCUUCAGCCACUGCCCCAGGAAACUUCCUGCUGGCCAACCCCGUGUCUGGCAGCCCCAUCGUGACAGGUGUGGCCGUACAGCAGGGCAAGAUCAUCCUUACCGCCACCUUCCCCACCAGUAUGCUGGUCUCCCAGGUCCUGCCGCCUGCCCCCAGCCUGGCCCUGCCCCUGAAGCCAGACACAGCCAUCUCAGUGCCUGAAGGGGCCCUCCCGGUGGCCCCCAGCCCUGCUCUCCCUGAGGCCCACACCUUGGGGACACUUUCUGCACAGCAACCACCGCAGCCGCCGCCUGCCCCUGCCACCACCACCGCCAGCCUGCCAUUCUCCCCAGACUCCUCCAGCCUCCUGCCUGGUUUCCCAGCGCCCCCGCCCGAGGGGCUCCUGCUGUCGCCCGCGGCCGUGCCCAUCUGGCCAGCAGGGCUGGAACUGAGCACAGGCACCGAGGGGCUGCUUGAGGCAGAGAAGGGGCUGGGGACACAGGCCCCCCACACCGUGCUGAGGCUGCCUGACCCCGACCCCGAGGGGCUGCUCCUGGGGGCCACUGCGGGGGGUGAGGUUGACGAGGGGCUAGAAGCAGAGACCAAGGUGCUGACCCAGCUACAGUCAGUGCCUGUGGAAGAGCCCUUGGAACUGUGACCCAGUAGGCCCUACAGCCUCCCCUGACAAUGGUGCUCAAGAUCCAGGAUGGCCCGGGAGGAGGGAGCCUCUCAUAAACAGGAUGGCUGCCAUCUGAAGAUGCCACACACUACACCCGCCCCCAUCGCCACUCAACCUCUCCGUGUCCUGGAGGUCCACUCCUGUCCAGGGGCACCGUCCUCUGGAUGGGACACCUCCUCUGUUACAGCCCUGUCCUUGCUCUGCCCCCUGAUAUGUAAGGGGAGAUCUGGGGGUCCUGACUCAGGGGCUCUGUCCCCCUCGACCUGGUACUAAGUGUGAGCUAAAAGCCCUAUUGAAUGGCUGGAUUUCCACCCUCUUUGGAGCCCUCUCCCUAUCACUCCCUACAACACUAUUAAUAGCUCCACUGACAUCCAGUGUUCCCAGGACUGCUUGGAAUCUGUGCAUGGAGGACAGGCAGUCCUGUGCCCAGAGACCAACAGAUCCUCCCAGCCCAGCCCUUCCUGCUGACAAGACAAGGGAUGCAGGUGUAGGGGGUACGGGCCAGGGUCCUCCCCUAGCUCCUCCUGGAGCAGAGCUCUCGGUAUCACGUCCAGCCCCAGACCAAAGAUCCCCUCACCCCCAGGGCAACCCUGACCCCUGUGUCUAGUUUGUAUCCUAAAUCUUUAUUUUUCUAGGACAUGUAAUGCCUUCGUUUCAAUUAAAAUAAAGUUAACAGACAAUUA